CGCACCGGAAAUAAGUACGUACAAGCGCAUUGCAAUUGUUGUGUUUGAAAUUUGCGGUGAUUCCUGCCUCCUUGUUUCCUACUGUUUGAUCCAAUUCCAGGCCGAUCCCGCAGCAUCGAAUUAUUUGGAAAGUGUAUUUCCAGUCAGCUGAUUAAUUCUGUUGAAUAAGUUGCGAGAAUCGAAACUGAGGUGUCGUCAACACUUACCGUUUGACAUCAGCCGUCAUCCCUUGAUCCAUGAUGGAGGUACUCCGCGCAGCGUUGAUUAUCGUUGUUCUCUCGUGGACUGCUGUGGGACAGGAAGAUGCCAUUGCCGCCAGGCGAGAAGGCGCCAACAGCAGCCAGCUGUACGUCGUUCAACCGGCUGAUUUGCCCGCCGUGGUUGCUGCGCUCAAGGAGCAUUUCCCGCAGGCACUUCCGCUAUUCGUUCAGGCACGCAACAUGCUGUCGGGUAAGUGUGUCUGGCCGUUGACACAACUCAUCCUGGACAAAUUCCCUGACUUUACGGUGGCAAUGACCCGACCGGUACCCCGCGACGACAACGCCACGCAGGAGUACGUGGUGCGUGGGAAGACGCGGCAGGCUGUCAGCUUCUUCGCCAAGGAUUCUGCUGCCCUGCGGCGUUUCCUGCGCGACAACUUCAUGCAGUUGGUGGACUGGUACCGACCGGUGAUCUUCAGCGCUGUUCCCGUUGAGUUUGUCCCGCUAAUGAUCGAAGAGACCACCCACAUCGGCAACAUCCGUAUCGAAGACGGCCAGCACGAUAACCGCUCGGACCACGUUCUGCUUCUCCGCGCAAAGGAUCUCCAGCGCAGUACCGCACCGGCGUUGCCUGCCGGCUACCGCCUGGGCGUCCUCGAACCACAGCAUAUCCCAUUGUUGCUGAGUCAAUGGAAGUUUGUGGGCCGACUGGGUCAUGGCGUGGACGCCACACCCUACUUCCGCUACCUACUGACUCACGGGUUUCCUAGCGUGGCGCUUUUCGACCAACAGGGUCAACUGGUCGCCGGCAACAUAUAUGAGCCCGAUGGAAACUUGGGCCAGGGAUUCGUUAAGGCAGCGGACGGACAGCAGGGCGCGUAUCUGGAGAUCGUUAACCGGCAUUUAGCGGAGAAGGUCUUUUCGCAGUUGGGACAGGAGACGGCUUGGGCUUACAUCCAGGAGGACGAUGCGGCCACGUUGCGCUCUUACGAGCAGCUGGGCGCCCAUAAGGCUGCCCAUUUCACCACACAGACCCUCGAUUACAUUCCAUACAUGAUCUAAACAUAUGGCCAACUUCUACUGUGUAGUUUUGAUUCAUUUUAUUUUUUGUGACGCUGUUAACGCUUACCUUAAUGUGAUACUCAGAUUUUAUGUUUUAGUUUAUUAGUAUACGCGCUUAAUGUGCUGUCCGCGAGUAGGAAAGCUCGCAAAUGAUUGUGUGGAAAGAUAACAACUGUUAAAACCAACUGUAAUAAAAAAAAAAUGGAAA